AUGUCUACGCCUGCAAAAAGAAGACUCAUGAAAGACUUGAGAACAGUCAGAACGAGUCUAGAUAAGACAAUAUUUGCAGAACCACUCGAGGAUGAUCUCAUGACAUGGGUAGCCGUUGUGUUUGGUCCAGAAGAAACUCCAUUUGAGUCAGGAACAUUCAGUUUGGUGCUCAAGUUUCCAGAGUCAUAUCCUCAAGAUCCGCCAAAUGUAAAAUUCAUUUCUGAAAUGUUCCAUCCAAACAUCUAUCCAAGCGGUGAUCUUUGCUUAGACAUACUAAGCAACCGCUGGAAUCCAAGCUAUGAUGUAAUGGGUGUUCUCAUCUCUAUACAAUCGUUGCUCAACGAUCCGAACACAAAGUCACCUGCAAAUCUGGAUGCUGCCUCUCUUUUCUCAUCAGAUCCUGAUGCAUAUGCAAAAAGAGUCAAGCAAUUAGUAAUGAAAAGUUGGGUCGAUGUGGAAUUACAGGCGCAGAAAGACGAGUCUAAAAGUUGUAUGCCAAUUAAUACAUCAAAUAAUGAUCCAUAA